AUGGAUCCUAUUCAACCUGCUCCAACUCUUGAUAUCACAACUUUAAAGUUGAAUAGAACGGGUCUUAUCCGUACUAUCAUCACAACAUGUGUCGCCUGUUCUGGUGGUUUGAUGUGGGGUUAUGAUUCGGGUGUUAUCUCUGGUAUUCUCAGUUUAGAAUCAUUCAAGGACCACUUCCAUGUCACAGCUUCUAACUCUAGUGCGGUUUCUUCUAAUGCCGUAUCUCUUCUUCAAGCCGGUGGUUUCUUUGGUGCUCUUUUCAUCUCUCCUGCCUGUCAAAGAUUUGGUAGAAGAUUAUCCAUGAUCUUCGCUGCUAUUGUUUUCCUUUGUGGUGCUGUCAUGCAAAUCGCUGGUACUGGUGGUUUGCCUCUCUUUUACGUUGGUCGUGUUAUUGCUGGUCUUGGUGUUGGUGGUGUCACUUGUUGUGUUCCCACUUAUGUUGCUGAAAUGCUUCCCAAGAAGAUUAGAGGUACUAUGAUGGGUACCUGGCAGUUCUGGAUUGUUACUGGUGUCACUAUCUCGUACUGGACUGAUUAUGGAGUCAAUGAGCGCGUGAAUGAUCCUAACUCACAAUGGCGUAUUCCUUUGGGUGUGCAAAUGAUUCCUGCUGUUUUGCUUAUUUUGGGUACCAUUAUCUUGAAGGAGUCUCCAAGAUGGUUGGCUAAGCGUGGUGAAGAUGACAAGGCUCUUGCUAACCUUGCUUACAUGAGAGGAUUGGAUGUUGGAAGCCCUGAAGUUCAAGCUGAAUACCAAGAAAUUUACCAAGCUCUUCUUCACGAGACUGAAGUUACUGGAGGUGUUACUUGGAAGGAGAUGUUCCUUCCAGGAAACCGCAAGCGUGCUAUCAUUGGUUUCUCUUUAAUGGCUGCUCAACAAUUCAGUGGUACUAAUGCCAUCGGUUACUAUGCCCCACAAAUUUUCGAAGCUGUUGGUAUCUCUAGUACUUCAACUGGUCUUUUCGCUACUGGUCUCUAUGGUGUUGUCAAGAUGGUCAUGACUAUGGCUCUUUGUCUGUUCGCUAUUGAGAGAUUCGGUCGUAGAAUGUGUCUUCUCGUGGGUGGUUUCUUCAUGGGUCUUUUCAUGCUUAUUAUUGGUGUCUUGCUCAAGACUCACCCUCCUAAUCCCGAUUCUGCUGUCUUGUCAUCUGCUUCUUAUGCCAUGGUUGUCUUCAUUUACCUCUAUGUUACUGCUUACUGCUUUAGUUGGGGCCCAGUUCCAUGGAUCUAUGCUUCUGAGAUAUUCCCCAACCGUAUCAGAGAGUACUGCGUUGCCCUUUGUGCUUCAUCUCAAUGGUUGUUCAACUUUGUUGUUACCCAAUUCUCUCCUUAUGCUUUGAAGUCUCUUGGAUGGGGUAUUUUCAUGCUCUUCAUGGGAUUCAACUUCCUUAACUGCAUUGGUGUUUGGUUCCUUCCUGAGACUACCGGUCUUGCUCUUGAGGAGAUGGACACUUUGUUUGGUGCUCCAACUGCUAUUGACAAUGCCAAGGUUCGUGAGAGUGCUGUUCAAAACGCUUAUGAUGCUAAGCAAGAUGUUGAGUUUGUCGAGGAUGCUGAGCAAGGCGGUUCUCGCGUUUAA